AUGGUAUUUGCCCAAAAGGAUCAAAUGCUACAACACAUGUAUUUCCAUGAAGAUAGAUCGCGUCUAUUCCUCAGUUUUAAUCAUACACUAACAGUAAUGGAAAUGACGUUUGUAGUAAACAAUCGUCUUCUAAGUCAUGAAAAGCCAUUAGUUGGUUUUAUAUAUAAUUCAACAGUUAAACAGAUUAUAUCUGCAUCGCGAAAUGGAACAAUAUUAUUCUGGUUAAUUGAAACAGGUCAACGUGUUAAAAGUAUCUCUCAUAGUCAUGAUGAGAAUGAAUUAACAUGUUUGGUCCAAAAUUCAAAAGAAACCAGAUUUUAUACAGGAAGUGCUAAUGGUACAAUUAAAAUCUGGGAUAUGAAUGGAUACUGCCAUAACACAUUAAUAUGCAGCAGUAAUAAUAAUAAUACACAUAAUGAAGUUGAUCAAAUAGUUAUAUUAAAACGUGCAGUUAUUGCAAUUGGUAAUUCAAAUCAUUUUACAAUAUUUCAAACAACUGAUUUUCAUAACCACUACGUUUAUCCAUCCCAAUGGAAAAGUGGACCAUGGAAAUGGAAUGUACAUUCUGGUAUUUUAGUAGGUGAAUUUGUAGCUCAUGAAAAUGGCAUUAUGACAAUCGACCCCAUUGAUGAAUAUUUAGCUACUGGUGACAUCGACGGUAUGGUUAAAACAUGGGAUAUUAAGAACUACUGUUUAACUGAAGGAGAAAUGGAAGUCAAUUAUGCUCCAAAUUUAAUAGGUAAAUGGAGAGCCCAUACAGAUUUAAUUUCUGCUCUGUGUUUCUGUCUACAUACGGAAUGUAGACGUUUCGUGGUUACAGGAUCUCAUGAUUGGACAGUGAUGUUAUGGACAUUAAACGGAACGAAAAUAGGAAUAUUUGGCCAGGAAAGCAGAUGGAAAUUAGAAAAUAUUCAAAGGGAAAUUAUUUUACCACCAAUUAUUACCGUAGAAGAUGGUCGCAUUGAUACGUCCAAUCAUAUCCUAAAAGAAAAGUGCGUAUCAUUUGGAAGAAUUAGAAAAGUUUCCAACAAAUCAAAUGAUAAAACAUAUCAUAGUGACUUGAAUUAUGAAACAACAGAAGAAUCAGAUCACCUAAUGUUACUUAAUAAUCUGAGUAAAUUACAAGUAAAUGUGUGGGAAAAUACUAUAUUAGGUCAAGUAUAUCAAAAAGAACGUCUGAAUAAGCGUCAACGCUCUAAAGGAGCGAGUCAAUAUAAUCGCAACUCAUAUCAUACUUUACAGUUAAGUACCCUUGAUCAAAUAACUGAAAUGGAACAACCAGAUUUUAUUGUUCAUCCAGAAAAUUAUUUUACAGAUAAAGAAGAACGUGGAUCAGUUAGAAAAAAUAUGAAAAAUGCAGUCACUGAAAUUUGUAAUUUAUACAUAAAACGUUUGAUUUAUUGA